AUGGCCUCAGACGAGAGCAAGGAGAGCAAGACGACCGGAGGAGAGAGCCAGGACGACGGAACCAACCUCAGGCUGCAGCGGAAGUAUGCCGAAGAAGCCGCAAAGCGUUUUCGGUCGGAUGGCGUUGCACAGUUUGUCGACCUCAAGGAUGCCUCUUCCGACCGAGUUCGGGCAUUGAAGGACGACUCGUGGGCCGACCAUAGUGCUCUGAACGCAAAGCUAGCGGUCAAGGGCGGGGCAAGAUACAAGUUCAUCAUCCUUGGCGCCGGGUACGGCGGCCUCAUCUAUGCGGCAAAUCUCGUCAAAUCCGGCGUCGCGAGCGGGGGAGGCGGCGUCCUGUUUCUCGACGCCGCGGGCGGAUUUGGUGGAACUUGGUAUUGGAACCGGUACCCCGGCUUGCACUGCGACAUCGAGAGCUACAGCUACAUGCCGCUGCUCGAAGAGACGGGGUACAUACCCAAGAACAAGUAUGCGGAUGGCCCGGAACUUCUCGAUCACGCAAAUCGGAUCGCGAAGCAUUUUGGUCUCGACGACAAGGCGCUUUUCCGCACGACUGUCCAGAGUGCUCGUUGGAAUGACGAGUCAAAGGUGUGGCAUAUCAGCAUUACCGAAGACCGGGGGCCCGAAGAAGAGAGCCGGCGCCUGGAGCUCGAAGCGCAGUACUUUUUCAUCGCCUCAGGGGUCCUGACCGUGCCACACGCACCCAAGAUCCCCUCCCUUGAGACCUUCUCUGGGCCCAUGUUCCACACCUCGCGCUGGGAUUAUUCCGUCAGCGGAGGCAAGCCGGACGAUUGGAAUCUGACCGGCUUGCAAGGCAAGCGGGUGGGAAUCAUCGGCACCGGCGCAACGGCCAUCCAGGUAGUGCCCCACCUGGCCAAAUCGGCAAAGGAGGUAUACGUGUUCCAACGGACGCCGUCUUCCGUCUCGUGGCGUGGGCAGCGGCCGACUGAUCCCGAGGAGUGGAAAACAAAGAUCGCGGCCACGAAGGGCUGGCAAACCGCGAGGAUGAAAAACAUGGACAGGUUCCUCACCGACGCUGCCCGAGAAGGGGAGGAGAACCUGGUGGCAGACAGCUGGAGCCACGUGACAGCCUACUCAGCCCUUGUCGGGUCCCCGAGAUGGGGAAUCGUCGAACCGACGCCCGAGAAGAUUGGCGAGCACGUUGCGAGGCUGUACAGGCUUGACCAGCCGUACACGGAGCAGGUGCGAGCGCGGACGGCAGCGAUUGUCAAGGACCCGGACACGGCAGCCAGGCUCACAGCAUGGUAUCCGAGCUGGUGCAAGAGGGUGACAUUUAGUGACGAGUAUCUACAGGCUUUCAACCUGCCCCACGUCCAUCUCGUUGACACAGAUGGCAAAGGGGUCGACUCGGCGACCAAGGACGGGCUGGUCGUCGCCGGCAAAGAGUACCCGCUCGACAUUAUUGUGCUGGGCACAGGCUUCCGCACGCCGGGCCACGGCGGCGGCAACCCGGCGGAGCGGGCGGACAUCCGCGUCUUUGGGCGCGAGGGCAAGUCGCUGCACAACAAGUGGGACGAGCAGGGCGCAUCGACACUCCACGGACUGUAUACCGGCGGCUUCCCCAACCUGUUCUUCUCGGCCGUGGCGCAGACGGGCCAGGCCGCCAAUUUCGUCUUCACGGUGACGGUCUGGGCCGAGCACAUGGCGCAGGUCAUCGCCGAUGCCGAGCGAGCAGCUGGUCCGCGUGCCGUCGUCGAGGUUAAGAAGGAGGCCGAGGAGGCGUGGGCUGUCGAAAUCGUGAAGCGCGCUGCGUGGUACACGAGCAUCUCGGGCUGCACGCCGGGCUACAUCACGUCUGAGGGGCAGGCGUCGCAGACGCCCGAAGACGCGGCCGAGAUGGUGAAGAAGGCGAGAAGUUCGGGCUGGAGCGAGGGUAUGGAGUCGUUCAUCCGGCUGCUGGAGAAGUACCGAGCUGAAGGGUCGCUCAGGGCUUUUGAAGUUGGGUCGGCGGCGGCAUCGGCGGCGGCGGCGGCGGCGUCGUCGUAG